AUGACAAAUUUGGCAAAACUUGAGAUCCAUGCUCUUGAUGUGUCUGGGAAGAAUUACAUGUCAUGGGCAGUAGGUGCAAAAAUGCAUCUAAGAGGAAAUGAGCUUCUCAAAGCUAUCGACAAGUCGGAAACGACAUCAGAUGAGAAAAAGGCGAAAGCUAUGAUCUUUUUGCUCCACCACAUCCAUGAUGAUUUAAAAGAGGAAUACAUCACGAAAGAAGAUCCUGCAGAUCUUUGGCAGUUAUUAAAAGACAGGUUUGAUCACCAGAAAUACGUGAUCUUACCGAGAGCCAAGCAUGACUGGUUGAAUCUCCGGUUCCAGGAUUAA